UCUAACGCAUAGCAGACAGUCGUUUGAUCCUCAACGGUUCCGUUCGGUUUGGUGUGUGUCUGUUUGUGUGCCUGCGUUUGGUCUUGUGGGAUGGGGGCUCGCAAUUGGUAAUCGGUAUUGGUCAAAAUAUUUAGUUUUUUCCUCUCAUUUCGUUUAAAAAACGCAAGGCGUGCGGCACGCAAUUCCGUUGCACGGUUCGUCGUGUACACAGCACACAAUCGAUCGAUCAGUUCCGUUGAGUCGAAUACUCAAUUCAGUUCGCGAUAUUUAGCUCAACCAACUACCAGCCAACCAGCUGUUUCGUCAGUUAGCCUGGCUGUGCAAAACGGUGAAAGAACAAAAAACGAAUUGAAAAUAUUAUUUUCGGAAAAAAAAAACUCGGGUGAAAGAAAAUCGAAAAAAAGUGUAACUAAAAUUAAAUUUAAAAAAAAUCGAAAAAUAAAUAUUGUAAAAAUAAAAAAACACAGAAAAAAAUCAUAAUUUACAUUGAUGACGAUUAUCAUGAUGAUGAUGAUGAUGACGAUAAGUCUGUGCUGAUGAUGACGACGACGACAACAACAACAACGACGAUUGCAAAUAGUAGCAGUUAAAGUUUCCUUUACAACUAUUGUGUCCCGUUUCAAUGGAAACUUUUACAAAUGAAAAGUAAAUAAUUCUCUCUCUCACACACACACACACAUACAUCCACACAAAGGAGCCACACCAACGAAAUCUUUGCACACAAACAAAGCUCAAAUUUGGUUGAAGCAAAGCGCCGCCGAGUUAAAGAAUGCCGUACAAAUCAAUUUUUGAAAAUUGUUCGCGUUACAGUGAAAAUUCAUUAACCACGAAAGGAGGUUAAGAAGUCAACGACAGAAAACCAAGCCAAAGCAGCACCUUUUGAUUUUGACUUUUCCCGAUUAUACAACCGUAGAAGGAAGAAGAACCAAAAACACGACGACGACGACAACAGCAACAAAAAUUCAUCAUAACUUUAGUUCACACAACAAAAACAACAACAAAAAUAAAACAGAAGUCAAGAACAGCACAAAAAACGAGUGCAGCCCAUUUAUAUAUACGUCUAUAUAUUUAUAUAUGUAUAUGUGAGUGAGUGUAUGUAUAUGUUUUUUUUUAUACAUACAUAUACCCAUCUACAAAAAUUUUAUUUUCAAAUAAAAAUCCCCAUAAAAAUUAAGAAAAUACACAACACACCAAGCAAGAAAUAAAAAAAUAAAUAACGAUUAAAAAGAGAUAUUAAAACGAGAAGCCAAAGAUUUCAAUUUAAAGAAGGAGAGCAGCAGCACCAGCAGCAGAUAUCGCCUAGCAUAGAACGACAAAAAGAUAAACUCAUUCUCAUAAAGCCAAAUUUUCCCCAGACCUCGAAAACGAAAACAAAACGCUUGCAAAUUCCAAGGAGAGCAACGGCCAAGCGAGAAGAGAAAAUCUGGUCCACAGAAAACGAAAAACAGAGCCGUCGCAUCCGUGUGGUCUGGUCUCCCUAAUGCCCGCGAGCAGUAUUGCUGUUGAUGAAAUUGCCAGCGUACAGCUAGAACAACAAGUAAACAAGUCAAUGAAAAAUUGCCGCAAGCAUAAAAGGCUAAAGUAUUCCAAAUCCAAACAAUCUCAUCAUCAUCCCGCAGCAAUAACAAAAACAACAACACUAACCAUAAUAAUACCCACAAUAGAUAAUAAUUCAUCAUAAAAAAACAUAAAACGAAACAACAUUAAACGAAGGCCAUGCAACAAGCCGACUCUUCUCAACAACAACAACAGCAGCAACAACAACAGGCAAAUGGUGGUAUUGGCAGCUAUACAGAUGCCGCCAACAACCAGCCACCGCUGGGAAAACGUACCACAGUAAGUGGCGGCCGUUUCGAUUUUGAAGAUGGCGGCACUUACUGCGGCGGCUGGGAUGAGGGCAAGGCCCAUGGACACGGUGUCUGUACGGGACCCAAACAUCAAGGUGCCUAUGCCGGCGCCUGGAAUUUUGGUUUUGAGGUUUCGGGUGCCUAUCUCUGGCCAAGCGGUUCCCACUAUGAGGGUCAAUGGCAGAACGGCAGACGCCAUGGUUUAGGCGUUGAACAGGUGGGUCGCACCAUUUACCGUGGUGAAUGGUCCAAGGAGGGCCACAAGGGACGUUAUGGUGUCCGCGAAAGCACCGUGUCAACGGCACGUUAUGAAGGCACCUGGAAUUUGGGUUAUCAAGAUGGCUAUGGCUGUGAAACAUAUGCUGAUGGAGGUAAAUACCAAGGACAGUGGCAAGAGGGCAAACGACAUGGCUAUGGUAUACGAACUUCGGCUCCUUUUGGUCUGGCCUCACACCAUCGUCGCAAAGAUGUCCAUGCCUCCAUGGCCUCCUUGAGAAGUACGGACAACGCCGGGGCAGCCAGUUCAACAAAAGCCGGUGGUAGGGGCGAAGAGGUGAGAGGAGGUUUUGUGCUGACCGCACGAUCAGAUAAGACGCCACAGAGACGAAACAGUCUAACGGACAAAACGAAAAAGGGUUUCUUGUCGGGUCUUAAGAUGAGAAAACAACGCAGUACUGGUGAUUUGGCUACACGUGGCACCUUAGCCUCCGGCAGUAUACGUUCAACAAUGUCCACAGCCUCUUGGCUGAGUACAGGGUCAGAGCAAUCGAAUUUAACUGCAAGAUCAAUACACACAGAAUCGAAUGCCAGCUUUACCAUGGAAGAUGAUCAGCUGGAUCCGACCACCGUCGAAACCUACAUGGGUGAGUGGAAAAAGGACAGACGUUGUGGUUUCGGUGUGGCCGAGCGCAGUGAUGGCCUCAAGUACGAGGGCGAGUGGUAUAACAACAUGAAACAUGGCUAUGGUGUGACCACCUUCCGUGAUGGCACCUUCGAGGAGGGCAAAUACAAGAACAACAUCUUGAUUACCAGUCAAAAGAAAAAGCAUUUGUUUAUAGCACGUUCAAGAAAGUUCCGUGAACGUAUCACCGCUUCAGUGGCCUCGGCCCAGAGGGCUUUGAAAAUGGCCAUGCAGCGAUCGGAUAUUGCCGUUUCGCGUACCGCCACAGCCAAUUCCAAGGCCCAGAGUGCCGAUGUGGCCGCGGAACAGGCACGCAUCGACUGUGACAUGGCUGUGCAGAUGGCUCGUGAAUUCGCCCCAGACUUCAAGCCCACAGUGCUGGAGCGCUUUGAAAAGUUACGCUACCGUGAACGUUACAAGUCACCGGCCUACCAACCUGCAGCCGGGUCGGGCGACUUCUUCGGUGGUCAUUCGGCUGCCCAGCGGGCGUUAUCGGCCCAGAAGGCCCAACAGAAUGCCGAAUUUCCGGUACCCAGUUCAAUGUAUUCGCAACAGUUGCCGGUUUCGCCGCAAACCGAUUUGUCGUUAAUGGUCAAUCAGUCGUCUCAAAUGAACGCCAUAAACACCAUCAAUCAGAUGUAUCACCAGCAACAGAGUAAUCCUCAAAUGAAUCCUGCAUAUCAAUAUCAGCCGCAACAGCCACCGGGAGGCAGCAAUCUGGGCGGUAGUCGGAUGAAUCUGAAUCAGAACUAUGCAUCGCACAGCAAUUUGAGCAGUGGUGGUGGCAGUCCGGCGAUGAAACAGAUGCAAAUGGAGUCGACCAGUUUUCAGAAUGCCGAGGCCACGCAUACAUUUACCAAUAUGCAGCAGCAACAGCAGCAGGUGUAUCAGCAACAACAACAGGAGCAGCAAAGACAACAACAACUGCAGCAGCAGCAACAACAGCAGCAGCAAUUGCAACAGCAGCGACAGCAACAGGAGGAACAACUGAAGCAGCAGCAGUUACAACAGCAACAGCAAUUACAACAGCAAUUGCGACAGCAACAACAACAACUGCAGCAGCAGCAACAAGCGCAACAACAACUGCAACGAAAUCAACUGAACCAAUCACAAACGAAUCUAGACUCGCCCAUGUAUAAUCCCAGUCAAGCGCGACGGCCCUCACAAAUGCUCUACCACCAGCAACAGCAGCAAUUGUUGCAACAACAACAGCUGCAGCAGCAGCAACAACAGGACCAAAUAGAUAGCAUGACCCGUACUGGUAAACCUCCUAUGCUUGGCCAGACCAGUCAGCAGUCAUCAAUCGAUCACUUCGAUCAUUACAAACGUCCGCCCAGCCGAGACGCAUCCAUAGAUCGCUAUUCCCGGGCGGCCAGUCGCCUAAGCGGUGGCAUGGCCUCGCGACAGGCGUCCGUCGAUCGUCAAGCCACGGCUACGAAUAUAACAAGCGAUUCGAAUUCGGUAACCGGUGGUAGCAGUGGUGGUGGUGGUGAACAGCGGCCUCGAGCAGGAUCAGUAUUUCGUGGCUCAACGCCAGCCCCCUCGGCUGGCAAUACGCCAACCGGUAAUGGUUCAGUGCCAACGGGAACGGGACGCCUAUCGAGGGCCGGUACGCCCAGCAUCGGUGCAACAAGUAGUGCUACAGCCAGUGGUCUGGAGCCAAUGUUCUCGAAACCCAAUCAACCAUUUGAAGAUAUACUCCUGGUUAAGCGUACGCUGGGUCAGGACAUCAUUCCCUCGCCCUCACAGCCCAAGCGCACCGAGAGUCUGUAUAUGCCAGCCAAACCGGCAUCACCAUUGGCAGCGGCCGGUGGCGGUAAUGGCGGCAAGAAAAUGAAGAGUGUUCCCAUUAAUGUAACAUUGCAACGGAAAAAAUCAUUACCCGAUUUCCAAGAACUGCCACGUGCCACAGAGGCUAUGAGCCGCGAAGAGGUGUCUGCUUUGGGCUCAGCAAGACGCGAAGCGGUAAGACGACAAAUCGAAAUGAAUGAAAAGCUCAAAGCGAAUCCAUUGUUGUAUCUCGUCAGUCCACAAGUUAAAGAUUGGUUCUCACGACAACAGUUGGUGCUCUUGGUGCUUUUUGUAAAUAUCAUAUUGGCCAUAAUCUUUUUCAAGAUGCUGACAUAGCGAACACUUUCGCCACCUCUUCAUCAAUUAUUGUUGGACGACAGACAGAUGCAGCAGCAGCAACAGCAGUUCCCGGAAAUACCAAAGCUAGAACAACAAGAACAAACAUUUAAUACAACUUUGUUUCGUUUAGACUCAGUUUUUCUUAGCCAGAGAGCAGCAGAAGCACAAUCGACAUCAUGUCAUAGUUCUACACAAACUUCGUUUAUGGGAAGGAAGAAAUAAGAUAACAUCCUGGUUUUAUGGCUGGAAUGUGAAAAACAAACAAGGUCUCCGGCAGCCUCUCUUCUGUUUCUGUCUCUCUCUUCCACUCUUAACUAUCUAUCAUUAUAUAAAAUAAUUUUAAAUCAUUUGAAUUUAAACAAAUGUCUUAUUUAAUAAUUUAUUUUUCUAAAUACAUAAUUAUAUAUUAAUAAAUAUUAUAUACUUUAUAUUUAUAUAUAUAAAAACUAAAUAUAUAUUUAUAUAAUUUAUUUAGCAUUUGCAGUAAAAGAAAUGAAAACAAAUAAAAACAUGAAUGAAUGAAAAACAAACAAAUGUAAAGAAACAAAACGUAAGUGAAGCAAGAAAAACAAACAAACACACACACAUUUACUUCAAAUACCUAUUUAGACUGCAGAAAUUUGUCAAAAACAAAAGAAGAAUAAGAAUUAUUAAUUUUUAAUUGUUGUAAUCAAGCGAAACAAUAUAUUAGAAUUUGAAAACCAAAUAAUAUGUACAUUGUAUAUAUUUUUAUUUAUUUAUUUUUAAAAAAAAAAGCAAACAAAGAAAGAAUGAAGAGUCGCUUGGCUGACUCAACACAACACACAAUCAUUGUUACAAAAAAGGCAAACAAAUCGAUGAUUGUCAGAGGAAAACAAUUUUUUUUUGGUCAAGCAUUUCAUUUUCAGAAUGCUGUAAAAUCAAACUUCCCCGCCCUUUCCCUCCAAACGCAACCAACCAACCAAUAAGAGAACAAAAAAAAUUAAAUAUAAAUAAAUUUAGUAUAGCAAAUAUAUAAACUUAAAUAGAAACUACGAGAAGAACAACAAAUAUGCUGAGACAAAAAAAAGAAAACUUUAAAAAUAUAUAUUUAAUAGAAACACUCUUUAAAAAACAACAACAAACGAAUUUUGUACACUUUUUAAAAGCUCUACUAAAUUAUAUUAGCGAACAAAAAAUAAUAAAAUUAAAAUUACUAUUAAAAUUCAAAAUUAUUUCCAAAAAAAGAAAUCAAGAUUACAUUUCUGAAAUUACAUCCCUCUCCACCAAAUGGCGAAAUGAUUUUCUUCUAAUUCUAUUUUUUUUUUAAAUCCUGUUAAUCAUUGAUGCAAAAAAAUAUAUCGGGGAGUUAUGUACCCAUAGGAAGUGGAUUAAUGUGAAAAUUCUAUAAAAAUAAAAUACAAUCUAAAAAUAAAUACCAGUUUAAUUCCAACCUUUUUGUUGAGAGAAUUGUUUAUCAGGCAUCUGAAGCAAAGUGGACAAUAUUAUGCACAUUUUUUAAGUUAUGUGACCCCAUGGGUUCUUUAGGGCUGAAAAGAUUUUUAAUAAGGGCAUUUUGGUUUUCGAAACUACACUUGGUCAAUAAGUGUUUUAUUUUACAGGCCUUUUUUGUAACAGGAAAAGGAAAUUUCAGGAUUUUGUUUUCUUUUUGUGACCCCAUGGGUUCUUAAGGGCUGUAUGGAUUUUUGAUUGAAUAUCAAAGAGAGAAUUAAGAAUUGAAGCCGAACGGGAAAUAUUAGGUCUACAUUACAGGCCUUUUUUGUAACAGCCAGAAAUACAGAUUCGGCUCCUGACAACCUCGGUGAUAACAGUCGCUUGUCUAUGAUUUAUAAUUUUCGGCAUCUGAAGCAAAACGGGCGAUUGGUUUUGCAAAAAGGAAAUUGCAGAUUUUUUUUUGGUUCUUAGAGCUGAAUGGAAUUUUGAUUAGGGCGUAAUGGUUUUCGAAACUACACAGGCGUUUUAUUUUGGAAUAUCAAAGAUAGAAUCAAGAAUUUAAGUCAAACGGGAAAUAUUGGGUCUACAUUACAGUCCUUUUUUGUAACAGGUAAACAGAGAGCCUUGAUUCCUCCGUAAUAAUAGUCGCUUGUCUAUGAUUUUUAAUUCUUGGCAUCUGAAGCAAAGCGGGCAAUUGUUUUUGCAAAAAGAAAAUUUCAGAUUUUAUUUUUGUUUUUUUUUUGUUUUUUUUUUUUUUUUGACCCCAUGUGAUUAUUGACAAGGGCAUUUUGAUUUUUGAAACUAUACAGGUGUUUUCUUUCUAAAUAUCAAAGGGAGGAUCAAGAAUUGGAGCCGAACAGGAAAUAUUAGAUCUACAUUACAGCUUUUUUUCGUAACAGCCAUAAAUACAGAUCCUAACCACCUCGAUGACAACUGUCGCUUGUCUAUGAUUAAUAAUAUUCUACAUUUUGUAGAAUCCAAUUCAAUUGGUUUUAGCUCCAUAUGAAUGGACAACAUUAAAAAUUUUAAUUAUGGGCUAUAAGUAUAGCAAAUCUCAAUUUUUUCUAAAAUCAAAUACGAUGCGUGGAAAGAUUAGUCAUUUUCGUACCUUUGGAGUUAUAAAACAAUACCUUUUUCUUAAUGAAAUCAGAUGGGCACAAAUAGCAUCAGUUUGUUUAUAUCUCUUUCGUGAUGAACUUUAUGGUCUGAAAUACACAGUGAAAUAGAAAGCAAAAACUUUGAAAUGAUAACUCACAUUUGUUGCUGUAAGCAACAAUUCAAUACAAAUUCAUAUUUUUUAUAAAACAAACAAUUUCAUAGUUCCUUUGUAUGAUAAAAUUUAAAGGUAAACACACCUUGAAUAAAACGACUUUUUGAUUGACUUCAUUUGGCUGAAGUUUUAGAUCAAGUAUCUGAUAUAUUGUGGAAUCGCAAAAAAUAUGUGAAUAAUUUGUGAGAAUAAUUUUUCGGGGCCUCCCAGUCACACAUCAAAUUGUCUUGCGAAAAUGUAUGCAACUUUGACAGUAUUUUUAAAUGUUUAUACCUGUUAGAAGAGAACUUGUCCAAAACAAUAACGCAAUGACAUAAUCCACUGCUACAUUACAAAGGACAAUGUUGUAAAUAGUCCAUAGCUUCUGGAUCACGUAGUCCAGAAUUAUUUGCAGUGAUAUAGUUGUGAUUCGAAAAGUCAAUUUGCAAUGUGACGAGGACUGACUCUGAUUGAUGUUAUUAUUUUGAAACUUCGUUGAAAGAUUUUGACUUACAUCAGCAACAAAUUGAACAAAAAAUUAAAUUGUUACAGAUGUGAGAUUAAAACGUAAACUAUCGACAAAAUUUAAUAGUUACACGACCUAGUUUUAUAAUAUAUUUAUUUUUAUAUCUAUUUUCUAAUAGAAAAUUAUCACAAUUUUUAUGAAAUGUAUCAUAUAACUCGAUUACAUACACAAAAACACUCAAUAAACUACGCGUAUACAUAAAUAUUUAUAAAUAAUUAUGUUUGCUUAAUUAUUUUACUUUUUUCUAUUUGUUUAGUUAAAUAAAUGUGUUUCUUUUCAACUGUUUGUUUUUGUUCUUUAUUUUAAAUAUAUAAAUCAAAUAGAAUUUAUUUAAUUAUAACAAAAUAUAAAUAAAUUUGAAUAAAUGAAAUCAUAUAGAAACAAUGACCUAAAGUUCGUAGAAGUUUUGAUGGAAUAUAUUAUUUUAACACGAGCAAAAUAUUUAGCUGUAAAAUGGACCACAACAACAAACAGCACGACGGAGUGCGUAAAUAUUGGGCAAAUGUCCUUGGUCAAAAUGCUAAGGUAAUGUCUGGGCAGUGCUCCGUGACAUAGUUUCAAAAUCGAAAUCUUCUAAAAUGGAUUUUGACAUAAACGGGGCUUCUAACAUAUUGUAGUGUUGUAGGGUAUCACAUGGUCGGCCCCGCACGACCAUAGCCUUUGCUUACUUUUUAUAAAAUAUGAUUUGUUUUGUUUCGGAGUAUUAUUCUAAUAUCCUUGCUAUUUGUCUGCAAAAAUCUAUCACACAUUGCCCCAAGCAAACUGUACAAUAAGGACCAAAUAUGUAGCUAAAACUGAAGCUGAUGUAUUUUCAUCAAAAAAAGUUGAAAGGUUAAAAACUCUACUCCAUGGGAUUGCGUAAUUUCCACAAUCUUCUUCCUAAAAGUCACCCUCGAUUUCAAAUAUUUGUUUUUUAAUAUCUAAGUUUUUAAAUUCGCCUUGGUUUGGGAAACAUAUAUCUUCGAAUUUUUCUCUAACACUAAUAAACACAACAAAAAACAAGUGCAAUUACUCUAAAGAUUGGCAAACUAUUCGUAUAAGUCUAAACUAUUGAAAAACCCCAAAAAAAUCUAAACAAGACAAAACAUAACUAAGAUCCAAAUUAAAAAAAAACUAAAA